AUGGCGCCACCGAGAACCAAGACUGAUUCCCGAACCAGUCUCUCAGACGUGGAGACAGAUGUCACCAAGACAACAGCCUGGGCCGCUCCCAAGGAUACUUCUAUGCUUUCAGCAGUAGAUCAGAUGCUGCUGAACAAUAUGGAAAUCCUUGCCAAGCAGAACAACGUCAUCAUGAGUCUGCUUCUACAAUCCCAGCGGGAGGGUGGUCGUAUCCCCAAUAUGAGCAAGACUCCACGCCGCAAUGACGCCAAGCCUGCAUCAGACUCGGAGGAAGAGGCCGAGCACAUCGACUGCCUAAAGGAAAAGUACACAGACAUACUGUUCAGGGCGUACAGAGACUUUACCAAGUCUACGAAGAAAACACCUUUUAUUAAACGGGGAUCAACAAAGAACCUCGAGCAGGAUGUAGCCGACUUCAAGGAGCAUGUCUUGAACCACGACUGGAAAGGCAUAUUACCAGACUGGUCAGUGAGUUUCUUAUUGAUCUGGGGUUGUGUGAGGUCACUUAUGGCUUCGAAGAGCCAUGAGAAAACCACCGAAGACGAGAUUAUUGAUAUCGGCUCCGACGAAGACGCAAGGUCAAUGACCAAGAAGCGUAAAUCUCUCUGA